CGACAUCAAUUUUCUGUCCGUCUAAUCGGAAUCUGUCAGAUACCCGAUCUGUCAAUUAUCCGGGAACCCGACCGCGUGGCUAGAAUUUUUAUUCGUUCGUCGUUCGAUACGUUGUAGCUAAUACGUGGAAACGCGAUGUCAGGUGACGGGCAGCAGCAAAAGGGCGUUCGAGUGCAGAUCAAACUACCGGCCGAGGCCGCCGAGCGGCUGCGACAGCUGGCGGAGUCGAACGAUCCGAAUCUCGCCGCUAUGGGCAUAUCUGGCGUGAUGCUGGGCGAAGGCGGAUCGAUAAUUCCGAUUUCGGGAGCCGACGGUUCAGCUUUGUUUGGUGGAAAUCUCAAGAACGAUGGCGAUGAUGAUGACGACGACGACGAUGAUGAUGACGAUGACGACGAAGAGCAGGAAGAAGAGGAAGGAGAGGGAAAGAGCAAAGACAAGAAAGAGGAAGAAAAAUCAAGUGCAGACACCACAGCAGAGAAGGAAUCGAAGGAGAGUGAAGAGAAGAGGGAUUCACCUGCUCCGAAAAAGCCAAAAGCUGAUGAAGCUGAAGAUACAAAAGGUGAUGACUGAAGUCUUCACUAUGCAGUCGAGUAGUGGAGCAAACAGCUGGGUUUAUAGACAUGUUUGUAGUGGUACUACUUAGUCUUGUAUUGAUGUCGCUGUACAAUACAGGAAUUACACGGACCCUGAAAAUAUAUUUUGUAAUGAAGCUGCACAUGUUUGUGCAUCUUCAUCGGCUAGAGUGAUGAACGUAAUUAGAGUUCUCAUCUCUCUGUACUCUAUUGAACAAUGCGUUUUGUUUUUUGUUUUAUUUGUUUGUGUUUAUGGGCACAUGGAAGAGUGAAGUGAUUGAUUGA